UUCCCUCCACAGACUUACCAGCCAGACGCUGUUCUCCAAGCUGCCAGGCUGCAUAUCAGCAAUUCGAUUGGUAUCGGCUAAUAUGGCAGGUUAAUAAUCGGCUUUUGGUAUUGGCCAAAAAAAUCUUUAUAAGUGCACCCCUACCAAAUAUAUGGUUAUGAGUCAACAAAGCGAUUUUGGAUAAAGGGUCAAUCAAUAAUCACCAAUAACAUAGGCAGUUUAAAACAUUGCUUCCCAGCAGCUUAAGAGGAAGAACUUUGGGCAAAGGUAUGGAGUAGGAAUGCCUCUCUUUUUUCUUUGCAGAUAAUUUUCCAAAGAACUGUGGCGAAGGACCGAGUUUCACACACAAAAUAGGCCUUACAAUCUCAUAUGGAUGCAACACCAGGAUAGGAUCAUAGGAAAGUAGUGCUGGGAGGGCCCUGUAAAGGUCAUCCCAGUCCCCUGCUCAAGGCAGGAUCUUCCUUGACUAAACCAUCCCAGAAAAAUGUCUGUCUAACCUGCUCUCGAAAAUAUCCAGGGAUGGAGAUUUCACAGCUUCUCUAGGUGGUCUGUUCCAAUGCUUAACCAUCCUCAUAGUAAGAAAGUUCUUCCUAAUUCAAACUAAAUUUUCUCUGCUGCAUCUUGAGGUCAUAACUUCAACUCCUGUCUCCUAAGGAAGGCAGACAGCUAAAACCUUUGAAAAUUAGGUAUUGAGAUGAACUUUGUAGCCAAAAAAGAAUAAUGGACUAGUCAAGUGCAGAUAAAAGUAAUGAACUCCCAACAGCUUUCAGUGGGCAGAAUAUAUGUUCAUAGGAUACUUGGCAGACCAGCUAAGCAUCUCUUGGAAAGGCCAUUCUUGUGGGACUCCACAUCUUGAUCAACCAAAGAGAAAAUGGAAACUUAUUAUCUUUAAUGAGUAAGACUCAGGAGCUGAUAUUGUGAAUUGCCAGCAUUUAGAAGGAUGUCUUUGACUGGAAAGGGUGGAGGCAAGAUGUUAGCAGCCAGAUACCUCUAGCAUAUCUAGAUGAAGAAAAAAGAAUCUAUAUGGACAAGAGGACUGAUCUAAGGUUGCAUAGGCAGCCUAAAACUAAAUGUUUGUUUUUAUAAUGUUUAUGUUCCUUUAAAAGUUGUAUGUUAUUUCCUAGGUUUAAAAGAGCAAACAGCCAGGAGAAGAUCCACCAUGUGGCAAAGCAACAACAACGGUGCUGCGGCUGGAUGUAGGAAACUUUAGAUUGACACGGACCUCCGCUAUUGGAGCUGAGUAACAGCUAGAGGGGUUGUCAUCCUCUGUGGACCGCCGCCAGAGGGGGAUGGGGCCAAGAUUAAUGUGGAUGCAUCUCAGCUGAGUUUUCCUCCCUAAGAUGGCUGGCUGGUUGAAACGGGUUCUGCAGAAACCAAAGCAAAGCUCCAACUCAGGAAGCAGCUCAACUGCUACUCCCACACGCUCACCUUUCUCCUCCACCUCCUCCCCGGUGAGAAGCUCCAGUUCUUCUGCCAGCAGUUCAGUGCUCCACCCAAGGUCACCACUGACUUCUGCCUCCCAGGUGAACAUCAGCAGCUCAGGAAGUGCCCGCUGGACCAAAAGCUAUGAUGUGUGCAUUUGUCACAAUGAAGGGGAUUUUGCAUUUGUCGAGGAGAUGGUCUCCUACCUGGAGAGUCAGCCUGAGACCUUCCGUUGCUUCCUGCAGAUGCGGGAUGCCACACCAGGCAGUGCCAUUGUGACUGAGCUCUGUGAGGCUGUCCAGAACAGCCACUGCUGGGUCAUGGUAAUAACCCCUGGCUUCCUCCAGGACCCCUGGUGCAGGUACCAAAUGCACCAAGCAUUAGCUGAGGCUCCCAUGGCCAAUGGGCGUACCAUUCCAGUGCUGAAGGACAUUGACCGGAAGGACUACCCCCGGGAGCUGAGAUGCCUCUAUUACAUCCAUGUGACAUUCAAGGAAAAUGGCUUCAGGCAGAUUAAAGACACAGUCUUGCGCUGAGAGGAACAAAAGCAGUUCUCACAACUCUGCAGCAUCAGUCCCUUAGUGAACCUGGUUUCUGUCCUAUGUCCCCCAGACCUACAGGAGCUCUGUCGGAGCACCCCAAGCACAACCGAGUGACUGGAGUCCUGCAAGAGAAAGGGAACACCAUAAGGAAGCACAUCCUUGGGAAUGGACCAGGAAUCCACACGGGUAUUUUCAGAGUCUCUGGAGCUGACUGGAGCUAAGGUCUAGCUUCAUUCUCUGCAAAGCACGUACAGAAUCGCACAUGGGAACUAACUCCCACAAGGACUUUCGAGUGGAAGCAUCAGGCAGCUCUCUCCUGUGCGCACUAAUAUCAGGCUGUUUUGAGGCUGCUGAGGGUAGCAAUGUCUGACAAUACUGGCAACUGGGCAUCAGUUUCUGGUGCUAAAGACUUGGGGCUUGCACAUGGUUCUGUCAUACUGCACAUGGAAUUGAUUUGCUCCUGAAGCCACAGUGUUGGCAAACUCUCAGUCCUUUGAGGAAGGCAGUUAGUGAUGUAUGGCUUAGGGUUUUGGAGCCCAGAUGGCAGUGGCACAUCUUGACCCCACAUAGCAAUUUCCACAUCACCUUGUCACCCUCGAGUGCCAUGCUGCUUUGACACGUUUAUCUCAUUGCAGCAUCAUGCUGUGACUUCUUUGUCUAGAUUUUUUUCCUCCCUGCUCUCCAGGUAGCUGCACCAUGGUUACUCAGCAUCCCCCUAUUGAUGUGCAGGUGGCAAAUUACAGCAACUGAAGCACUGACCAGUGCUACAACCAUGUGGCACUGCUGAUUUAAAAAAGGGAUGUCCUAUACCUUGAAGAACUCAGUUAAUGGCUUUUCUAGAGGCAGAUGAAAGGUGUCUGUGAAAGCAUUUUAUAAUGCAUAUUUUACCUUUUAUCCUGCUCUAGACAAGCCUUAGUUGCUGGUCCCUGAAGAGGACAAUAGUUUUUUUAGAUGAGUAACUAAAACCUACUUGCUGUAGGGUUGAUGGCAAUCUCUCUGUGUGCUCAGUGCUGCCCAGCCAUCCACUAAAAUUUGCCUCAGUUUCCAGUUUCUCUUGCCAUAUGCUGAGAGACCAUUCUCCUGUGAAUUCUUUUGUGUCAUUCACCAGGUGAGCUUGUCGUUAGGUUUUCCCUCAGCCCCUUCUCCCAGGCAGCCUUAUUACAGGGCUAGAUGGAUCUACACUGCAUUUCAUUCAGCCUUGGGAAUGCAAGUUUCUUCCAUGGACCUUCCACAACAAUAGGGCAGCAAAUUCUGGACACCACUGUUAUACCAAAGUACCUCACAGUCAUUAUGAAGUUGACUUUCAUGAGAUCCCAAAGAUGCAGGUCAGUACUGUGCUUCCAUUUUAUGCAUGGGGAACUGAAACACAGAGAGACUAGGAGCUAAUGAAGGACCGAGGUGCCUACAGCUGAGGUGCUGCAGAGCCUUAACUCUUAGCUGCUUGGCCCCUGGAGUGGUGUGGAAUCCAAAUCCCUGAGUGAAGCAUCUAGGCUCCUUAUACAGUGCACAGUAAGAGUUAGGCAUCUGAGUACAAGGAUCCAAAACAAUCACGCAUUCAGUAGGGAGCUGCCUGGAGCCGGCCAUUAACAUGAUAUGAAAUCCUGUCAUCCUCCGGCUUUAAGUUCCUCCUUAGCAUGAAGAGAUAUGAACCCACAUCUUCCACAUCCCAGGUCUGUGUUCUGACCAUCAGACAAAGGUACGCUCCAACCUUCCUGUUGAAACUGGCCUGAUGAAACUGAAUUCCUUUUUGCAUAGUGGCCUUUUUUUCAAGAGAACUGGUGGAGCAUGUCCCACCCAGACUCGUAGUCUGGUAGUUGGGGCUCUCUCCUGGGAGACAUGGGGGUUUGAAUCCCUUCAGGCCAAAGAGGGAAAAUAAACUUUCCUGGGAGAGGCAGAAGGCAGGGCAGGGUAGCACCUUAGAGAUUUAAUUAGUUCAAAGAGGCAUGAGAUUUCAUAGGUGACCGCCUGCUUCAGCAGAUAGUGUUGGAUGAAGUAAGCUGUCACCUAUGAAUGCUUAUGCUUCUCUGAAACUGUUAACCUUUGAGGUGCUGCCCUGCCCUGCCUUCUGUCCAACUUCAGACUAACACAGCUAACUACCUCUCUCUUCCCAGGUGAGUGCUUUAGCAACUAGGUUAUUACAUAACAGGUGGGCACCCCCACAUACUGCACUUUAAAAGAAAGCAGCUACUAGCACAUUUUGUAGGAAACCAAUGUUGUCAUCAUUAGACAUGCACAGAGUGCACCAGCAAAUGAGGGCCCUCAAGAGUUACGUGGAGAAAGGCCUUAUUUUUGUAUCUCUAAACAAGCGUGGGCAUGAGAUGGGCACUACGCUGCCUAAAGUGAGACUGUUUUGGGCCUGUGCAGAAGCAGACUUCUAAGCCUCCAGAGGGCUGUAUGGUUGAAAAGGGAGGGGUGUAUGAAUUCAGGCACUUCCAGGGCUCGGCAGCAGCUAGCUUUUAAAAUUGCACUUUUGAGCUUGGGUGCCAAAAUUCAGCCUGUGACCUGCUUUAGACACCAGAGUCCUUUAUUGGAUGUAGUCUCAGGUGAUCUGGUAAAGGCCAUGCAGGAAGUCUGUGACAGCAGAGGCUUGAACCCCAGUUAGCUCAUUUGUGAGACCAAUGUACCACUUACUGCUCAAUGACCUUCCACAACCCAGUUCUGAGAUGUUACAACACCAAUGUGUCCCACCUUAACAUUCUCUAGGACCCAAGGAGUACAUCAACUGACAUGAAGUUCUCUCAUUAGAUCAGUGAUACUUGGAGGAAGAGGAACUAUGAAUAGGAAGACUCAGGGGCUAUUUUGCAAUGCAUGUUUUUCAAAUGCAAUUUUAAACAUGUUUACAUAAAAAGAAGAAAUAUAUUGUUUUCAUAUCUCUUGCUUCUCAUUUUAAUGGUGGAUCUCAUGUUGGUGAGAGGGACUAAGCUCUAAUAGCUCAGGG